AUGGCGAUCAAGGCUCAGAGUGAAUUGUCAGGAGUCAUGAAUAUAGAGAUUCGUCGAGGCAUCGAGAGUAAGGAGAUGCAGAACGAUCAGGGGCAAGAGGGCUAUGGCUCGACGAGCAUGCGGCAGGGUGACCAUGUCAUCUAUGUGAGCAUCGGAGAUGCCCAGGGUCGCAGAAGACAUUUUGGUGAGAAUCGGAUGGGAAAGGCUGUGUUGGGAGGCCUUGCCUUGGUUCUUUGUGCCUGCCUCCUCGUUUCUUCAGCCAUGGAGGAACGAAAGUAUGUACCCUUCUCCAGCGUUCUUGCGGUGUGGAAGGAGCAGAUGGCAAACAUCAAGAAGCUUGAAAUGCAGCUUGCUGCCAAGGAGGUGAAGAAGGACAUGGUAAACAAGGCUUCGAUGCACCUGCGCGCUGCGGACAAAGCGAUCGCAUUUCAGCUGGCAGCUCAGCCGGUCACAAGCAAGCUUGCAGUAGACUGCGCAAAGAAGGACUCGUAUGACAUCCUGAAGAACGCUUUUACUGGCCUUGCAACCAACAUCUCAGCUGAGAAUGCAACCUUGUUUGCCAAGGACCAGGAGCUGUACGCGGCUGCCACAGAGGCCAAGGAAAAGUGGCUCACAGCUGAAUCCAAGUUUCGCAGCGCAGAAUCCGAUCACAAGUCAGCUAAGGAAGCUGCAGCCUACGCAAGGUCAAAGUACGACUUUUACGAGUCGGCGGUGACUCAGGGCCAGAACGAGUAUGAUGCGGUCAAACCCCAACUUGAUUCUGAGAAGAGUCAGUUGUCUGCAGAGCUCCCAAUCUUGCAGCAGAUCAAGGCCCUGAUUAGCUCGAUGAACGGAGCAUCGACUAAGGCAGCCCCUACUUCUCUCAUGCAGGUUGGCAACUUGAAGUCGCUCAUCCUCUCGCUCUCCCCACCGUCCCGGAACAAGAAGAUCGCGAAACAAAUCACUCACGUUCGAACGGUUCUGGCAGAGACUAACACAGUCGGCACCAUGGCUAGCAUGCUUUCAGUCAUUGACGGGAUUGUUUCUCACAUUGAAACCCGAGUCACCGAGAUCAACAACGAUGUCGCCAGGAUGGAGAGCGAUCUCAACGACAACAAGGGAAAGAGAGAGUCUUGGCAAGAGAAGGUCGUGGAUCUCUCAGACGCUGCUGAUAAGGCCGAGAACAAGAUGAACUCGGCUGGUUUGGUCCGCCAGCAGCUCGGUGGAGAUCACUUGGUCAAGCAACAGGACUACGAGGACAAUCACGCUACCUUCUUGGACGAGGCUGAGAAGUUGACCAGACAGUCGACAGCCAUUGCAGUCAUUCUGAAGAAGAUCAAUGAUGCAAUCAGUCAAUGCGGCUAG